CGCAGGCCCGGGCCAGGCGGCGGCUGGCGGAGGCAGGCCCGGAGGGGAGGGGGCAGCGUGGAGGAGGCGGAGGACGGCGGUCAGCUCCGUUCAGGUUUUGCUGCCAUGUCCCGCCAGCCGAAGGACGACUUCGUGCGGCACUACACGGUCUCCGACCCCCGGACCCACCCCAAGGGCUACACCGAGUACAAAGUAACCGCGCAGUUCAUCUCAAAGAAGGACCCAGAGGACAUCAAAGAGGUGGUGGUCUGGAAGCGGUACAGCGACUUCCGCAAGCUACACGGAGACCUAGCCUACACCCACCGAAACCUCUUCCGCCGCCUUGAGGAGUUCCCCUCUUUCCCCCGCGCCCAGGUGUUUGGCCGAUUUGAAGCCUCUGUGAUUGAGGAACGGCGGAAGGGGGCCGAGGACCUGCUACGCUUCACCGUGCACAUUCCAGCGCUCAACAAUAGCCCCCAGCUCAAGGAGUUCUUCCGGGGCGGGGAGGUGACACACCUCUCUGAGGUGUCCAGGGACCUGAACAUCCUGCCACCACCCCUGAUCCCCACGCUGCCUCCUGAUGAGCCUAGGCUGCCCCCUGAGGAGCCCCGUCUGUUCCAGGCGCUCCCCUCUGAGAGGAGGGGCCUUGAGGAGUUGGAGGUGCCAGCAGAUCCCCCACCAUCCAGCCCUGCCCAGGAGGCCCUGGACCUCCUCUUUACCUGUGGGAGCCCUGAGGAGGCCACCGCGUCCCCUGCCCGUGGCCUGCUCACCGAGGCUGAGCUGGCCCUCUUUGACCCCUUCUCUAAGGAAGAGGACGCAGGCCCCAGUCCCCCCCACGUAGGCGAGCUGGCAGCAAUGGAGGCAGAGCCCAGGAGGCUGGACCAGGAGCCCUGGGAGCCAGGAGGGCUGGAGGAGGAAAAGGAUGGGGAAGGAGGGCCCACCCCUGCCUAUCUGAGCCAGGCCACAGCACUCAUCAGCCAGGCUCUGCAGGACGAGAAGGCAGGCGUCUACCCUGCCGCACUGCAGGGCUACCGAGACGGCGUGCACAUCCUGCUGCAGGGGGUCCCUGGUGACCCGUCCCCUGCCCGUCAGGAAGGUGUGAAGAAAAAGGCAGCUGAGUACCUGAAGCGGGCAGAGGAGAUCUUGCGCCUGCACCUGUCCCAGCUCCCACCCUGAGAGGGAGUGGACUCCUCCCAGGACUCUAGCUCCAGCACUGCCAGCCACCUUCUCCUCUCCUUGGGGCCAGGCCCUAGCCCCUGGUCUUGUAACCCCAGGGGCCAUUUCUGUAUGUAACUGGACCAAGAAUGAGAAAACUAAUUCUCAGCCCCCUGACUGUAUUUACUACCUUGGUAUCAGGGGUUCAUGCUUUUUUUUUUUUUAAAUUGUGCUUUAGGUAAAAGUUUACGGCUCGAGUUGAUUUCUCAUAUAAAAAUUUAUACACAUAUUGUUAUCUGACACUGGUUGCAGUUCCUAUGUGACAGCACACUCCCCCUUUCCACCCUGCUUUCCCAUGUCCAUCCAACCAGCUCCUGUCCCUUCCUGCCUUCUCAUCCUGCCUCCUGACAGGAGCCUCCCGUUUAGUCUCAUGUAUCUGCUUGAAGUAAGAAGCACAUUCUUCAUGAGUAUUAUUUUAUGUUUUAUAGUCCAGUUUAAUCUUUGUCUGAAGAGUGGGCUUCAGGAGUGGUUUUAGGUCUGGGAUAACGAAUGUCUGGGGGCCAUGGUUUUGGGGCUUCCUCCAGUCUCAGUUGGACCAUUAAGUCUGGUCUUUUUACGUGAAUUUGAGUUCUGUUCCACACUUUUCUCCAGCUCAGUCAGGGGCUGUCGUGUUCCCUGUCAGGCCAGUCAUUGGUGGUAGCUGGGCACCACCAAGUUCUUCUGGUCUCAGGCUGCUGGGGUCUCUGGUUUAUGUGGCCCUUUUGUCUCUUGGGCUAAUAUUUUCCUAGUGUCUUUGGUGUUCUUCAUUCUCCUUUGCUGCACAUGGGUUGGGACCAAUUGAUAUACCUUAGGUGAGGGGUUCACACUUCUGAUCUCACGUGUCUUUGUCUCACGUGUGAAGAGCAGCUCUGGUUGCUAAGCUAUCAGUUUACCCAUCUAAAACUAGGGUCUGCAAACUAUGGCCAUCACCUUUUUUUGGGGGGGUACGGCUUAUGAGCUAAGAAUGCCUUUUUACAUUUUUUAAUGAUUGAAAAAACUCAAAAGAAUAAUACUAAGUGACAGGUGAAAAUUACAUGAAAUUUAAGUGUUCAUAGCUCAUUUGUUUAGUAGUAUUGUCAACUGCUGCUUUGCCAGCACACCGGCAGAGCUGAGUAGUUGUGACAGAGCCCGUAGAACUCACGAGCCUAAAAUGUUUACUAUCUGGCCGUUUACAGAAAAAGUUUGCUAACGGCUGAUCUAGAAAAUAGGGAGUAUAGUCCCCAGGGAAGAGUGGGAAAUGGCAGUAAGACUGAUAAGUCUAAAACCCAUACCCACUGCCAUGUAGUCUGGUUCCAACUCAUGGCAACCCCGUAAGUUACAGAGGACUGCUUCAUAGGGCUUUCUUAGCUGUAAUCUUCACAGUAAGUAGCAGAUAGCCAGGUCUUUAUUCAGUGUCACGGGGGAGUGGGUUCAAACUACCAACUUUUAGGUCAAGUGCAAACCAUUUGCACCACCCAGGGACCUAGUAAGACUAACCCAACCCAAUGCCGUCGAGUCCAGGCGUAAGACUAACAGCGCCUGGUUAUUUCGGGACAGGAAGGGGAGAUGAAGAGGAACCCAAAGUUGAAGCACCCGCCUCUGCGAGGUCCAAGACCAAAAACGGACGCCUCGAAGGGCGGGAACAAGAAGGGCUGGGAGGGUGUGGCCCCACCCCUGUCCCGCCCCACCUAUGAAGCGAUUGGUUGCGGAAGAAACUACAAACCAGUGCAUCAUGGGAGUGGCUGUCCUUACGACGGAGCUAAAAGCUCUACAGGGGAAUCACCAGGUUGCGCGCGGUGCAUGAUGGGGGGCGUUGGUGGGGCUUGAGCGCGCGGAACGGCAGUGAGGGUACUGGACUACAUCGCAGUGCAUCUCGGGAAGCCAGCUUGAGGCU